CACGUGAGCAUGGUCCGUAUGAUAACUACGAAGGCUCAUCCUUAUCAAAAGGUAUCUUACAGUAUGAUAUGUGUGAUAGCGAUCUAUGCCCAGAACUUGAUUGGAGUUCUUUGAAACAAAGAAUUAAAGAAUAUGGAGUUCGAAACUCUUUGUUAAUCGCCCCAAUGCCAACCGCAUCACAUCCCAAUGUGUUGGCACGGGUACAGGAAGGACCAUUUCCCAAUGAAUCGAAUCUGAUGUUCAGAGAAACUACUGGAGGAAGUUUUAUUUAUGUAGAGCGUGAGAUGGCAGAAAUGCUUAUAUUUAAAGGACUCUGGACUCCAAAAAUCAUAGGUAAGAUACUAGAUAAUAAUGGUAGUAUUCAGGAUAUAAAAGAGUUUCCAGAAGAGAUGAAAUCAAUAUACAAGACCGCCUUUGAGUAUUCGUAUGAAACUAUAAUCGACCAUGUGAUUGAUCGUAGUCUAUAUAUUGACCAAUCACAAAGUUUAAAUAAUUACAUAGCUACGGGUAAUUCUGAAUCAAUGAUCAAACGACUUUUUAAUUCCCAUAUACGAGCAUGGAAAGGAGGAUUGAAGACUAUAUACUAUACAAGAUCGAUGUCAUCAUCCAGGUCAUUAGAUAUCAAAACAGGUUCAUCCCCAAAACCACCUGCUUGUAUCAAUAAUAAUUCUGAAUUAUUUUCAAAGGAGAUUCCAGAAUUUACUAACGAAUAUAGAAUUAAACGUAUAAAUAAUGGAUAUAAACAACAUGGAUUUUCUCAAGUCUCUCCUAUUGGAGGAAAGCGAGAAAUGUAUUUUGAGAUUUUUAAGAAAACGAUGAAUGAAUUAGAAACAGCUAAUGAAAUCCGCUUAAAGAUAAGCAGAAAAGAUAUCGAGAAAGUAUUCGAUGCUCCAGAUGGAUUUGAUAUUGAACAUGUUGUUAAGUUAGAGAAAUGGGAUACAAUUUCCGGGGAUGAUUUACUUAUCUGUGAUAAACAAUAUGAAAUGAUGUACAGACAAGAAGACAUAUUUUCCACGAUGAUAAGAGAGGUUUUUGAGGAAACGGGAUUAGAUAUUAAAAGG